UUCGUAAGUGGAGUGGCGUCAGAGAUGGGGGCGAUACCGAAGUUGCUCUGGAGCGUGUCCAGAGAAGAGCAACGAAGCUGGUGAGGGGCUGGAGAACAAGUCUGACGAGGAGCGGCUGAGAGAGCUGGGGUUGUUUAGCCUGGAGAAGAGGAGGCUGAGGGGAGACCUUAUUGAUCUCUACAACUGCCUGAAAGGAAGCUAUAGGGAGAUCUCUCCCAUGGACUCCGAGAGUUCCUAUAUGACCCUAAGUGACACUUCAGUUCGCACCUGAAGCCCUCUGAUGGCUGAAACCAACAGGGAUGCUCCCAGGAUAAAAGAGUUGAUAAUAAUCAGGCAUUUGACACUCCACAUUAAUAAUCUCAAUCUCAUUCUUUACCUUGUGCUGAGGGGUAAUGGCUCUAGGGUACUGAGUAUUGCUAAAGCAAGAGCAGACUUCCUACCCAGAGCACUCAAAACUGGUGAUACUUACGCUCUCCCUAAUAAAAGCCCUGCAUUCCAUACACCAAUUCACUUAUUCAUCUGUGUCUUACUCAUUUAUUCAUCUAAGUCAUAUUCACUUAUUCUUCUGUGUCUGUCACUGUCAUAAAAGUGGUGUUCAGAGACCAGUGACACUGCUUUAAACAAAUAAAGUACUAUUCUUGUACCAACAGUAGAGUCAGGCGCUCACAGUGAACGAAGCUGCUGUCUGCUCAUGCCAUGGGGUCUGCUUCCGGAUGGGAAUUGCUCACUGAUACUAUCAUCAGCCAUUGUAAAAAUGUCUCGGCUACGAAGUUAAUUGUUAACUCAGGUCCCCAUCUCAUAAAAACAUCGUAUUGUAGGAGCACAACAUGUUUAAAGCUGUCACUAAUCAAUCAUGCAUACAGUGGGAAUAAAGCAACAUAUAAAAGGAGCCAGAAGCUCAGCAAGUCCUUCAGCUACAGGAAGACAAACGGCACCGAGGUUUAUCUCCAUGGAGAAAUCCACUGACAAGGGAAACAGAUCAGCAGCUCCCAGAGUACCACAGGCUGAAAAGGACAGCCCUGCGCCUGCUGCGGAAGGUGCUGCAGGAAUGAGCAGAGCAGGGGCCCUGCCAGAAAAUGCUGCAGACAUGAAGAGGCCGGGAUUUACUGAAGAAUGUGUUAAAGAAAAAGAGAGGUCUUUGGGCACCGAGAGAGGCAGUCCUGAUGCCUUCAAACCAGCAGUUUUGGAAAGAGACUGUCCAGACUUAAAGCCUCUCGUGAUGCUAAUGAACAAAACCUCUCCUGAAGCAGGAGGUUUUGAAAUGAACCACCAGUGUUCAAGCACAACACCUAUCGACAUGGACUGCCUCAUUUGCUUCAACAAGUACAACAUCUACAGGGUACCAAAGCUCCUGAACUGCCAGCAUGCAUUCUGCGCUGUCUGCCUCAAGCUUAUCCUCAGAAAGGAGGAGAGUGCCUGGAUCAUCACCUGCCCGCUGUGCAGAAAAGCCACUUCUGUGUCAGGAGGACUUAUCCGCACACUUCAAAACAAAGAAGACAUCAUGGAGCACUUGGAAAACCCCAGUUCCAAUCCUGAGGUACACAUCUCUGCCAUAGGGCUGGACAAUUGGACUCAGAGCAGCCAGGACAUCUUAUACAGAGAUGAAAACGCUCCAGCAGACAACAGACUGGCUGUCCAGAGACUUGCGCUGCUCCUGCUGCUGGUGGUGAUUCUCACCAUCAUCAUCCUCCCAUUUACAUACUUGGGGCUGGUCAAAUGGGUAAUUUGUCUUAUGCUUGCAUUGGGGUUGGCCUUGUCUGUGGUGCUUUGCUGCACUCCUAAAUUCUACUGGAGAGGUAAUAGCGACUCGCACAAAGAGACCCACAUCGCUGCUAUUGCCUGAAACAAUUAAUGUGAACUGCAUAGAGACAAUGGGCUAGUCCUGCCUACAAAGCUGCAGUUGGGAGCACUGGUCCGUUACUGGACUUUGAAAGCAAUCACUCAUGUAAUCAAUUCCACAGGUGGCUAAGCUGGCUCAGCAGCAAUGUAUGGUGGUGUUAAAUUUCAUUAUGGGAAACUUAGCCAAUUAUUUAUAUGUUGAUAUUUAUGAGAUAAAAAUUGUAGGUUUUCCACAUGAUUUUUAUUCCAGACUAAUAAUGUUGUUGUUUGGCUUUUGUCAUUGUGUUCUUCUUUGUGUCAUCUCCUGCUUAGCACUGCAGGACAUUAUCUGGAACACCUGGCAGAUGAUAUCCUGUGAAAAUCCUGUGCUUGCAUUUUCCCACUCCCUUAACUCAUGUUCACCUUACCUUGUGACAAUGCAGCGAAACCAGGGACUGGGUGCCCAGCCUCCAUGGAAUACCAUGGAACAGAGUGGAUUUAACAGAGAGUAUCACUUGAAUCCCUGUCCCUGCCCAAAUGGCUGUUGGCUGAAAUGGGGAGGUGGGACUGAGAAAAGAGGAGCCUAAGAGUCUAGGAGACUAGAGAGGGAGAGGCAAAAUCAACACUUCUCACCUUGACUCCGUGGCGAGGCUCUCAGAAGCUCAUGACACUCCAAAUUCCCCAUGUUAUUUAGCACAGAAAUAGUUCUCUUGCCUGCACUCCUCUAUCUGGCUGCCUGCAUUGCUUCUCUGCAUGCCCUGUUUCUGUACAACGCUGCCCUUGGAGGUGCUCACAGCUCUCCUUCCAGAGAUCCACAGCAAUUUGUCUGUUGCCAUGCUGGAACACAUGAGAUAUUUUUAUAUGGAAUUAAAGUUUAAUGAUGUUAGUUGCUCAUUGACUUCUGUGUUUCAGUUCCUCGCUGACAAUUAAUGUCAAAACAUUGCACAGUUUCCUCGCUGACAGAAGUACCACUGAGAAAGUGUGUUGGGGAACAGGUACAGCUGAGUUGUGAGUAAAGCAAGAAAGUAUUGGGUUGGGUUUUUUCCUGAUUUAAAAAAAAAAAAAAAAAACUUAGUUGCUA